GGUUUGUGUGUCUCGGAUGACAGUGAAAAUAACAGAAACGAAAGCCGAUGUGUCUGUUUGUGCUGUGUCAUCAUGCAGUGGAAAUCAUGUUGUGUCUACAGCAUCGGCGUCUUUUCUGUUGUUAUUUUGAUCGUGGGGAUUUCUUUGAUAACGACCGGGGUGUUUCCACAUUUGAUGUAUUCUGUGAUUGAAAAGAACGUGGUGUUAAAAAAUGGUACAGAGGUUUUUAAGGCGUGGGAGGACCCACCCUCACCUGUCUACAUGCAGUUUUACUUCUUCAACGUGACCAAUCCCAUGGAGGUGCUGGAAGGUGAAAGGCCAGCUGUGCUGCAGGUUGGACCCUACACAUACAGAGAAUACAGACCCAUGGAGCAGGUGGAAUUCCUGGAUAAUGGCACAAAAGUUGCAGCCAUCAACAGGAAGACGUACAUAUUCCAGCCUGAUAUGUCAUAUGGUCCAGAGAGUGAUGUCAUCAGGACAGUCAACAUCCCUGCCAUGACGGUGAUGGAGAAAUUCAAGGACAUGUCUGCUGUGGCCGAGAUGAUCUCGGCUUACAUGAGGUCAACAGGUGAAGGUCUGUUCACCAGCCGUACCGUGAGAGAGCUGCUGUGGGGAUAUGAAGAUGGUCUCCUCAAAACUCUAAAACUUUUCAUCCCUGAACUUGAUGAUGUUUUUGGACUCUUCUACAAGAGCAAUGCUUCAGAUGAUGGACAGUAUGUUUUCUUUACUGGUCAACAAAACUACAAAGACUUUGCUCAAGUGGACACGUGGAAUGGUGAAAGCUCAUUGAACUGGUGGACAACAGACGAGUGCAACAUGAUCAAUGGAACCAAUGGAGCAUUUUUUCAUUCAGUCAUAAAUAAGAAUGAGACUCUCUACAUGUUCAUCUCUGACAUGUGCAGGUCACUGUACACCCUGUACGAGGAGGACGUGACGGUCAAAGGGAUCCCCGGUUAUCGCUUCACUCCUCCCAGCAAAGUGUUUGCCAAUUUGACCGUGAACCCGGACAACGCCGGCUUUUGUGUCCCUGCUGGAAAUUGCAUGGGUUCUGGCCUUCUCAAUGUCAGCGUAUGUAAACAAGGCGCCCCCAUCGUAAUGUCUUCACCACACUUCUACCAGGCAGAUGACAAAUUUGUUGAGGAUGUGUUUGGCAUGCAGCCUGACAAGGAGCAGCACCAAACUACUGUUGACAUCAACCCGCUUACGGGAAUCCUCCUACAAGCAGCCAAGAGGCUUCAGAUCAACAUCUACGUACAGCAAGUACCAAGAUUCAGCCAAACAGGAAAAGUGAGGACUGUGGUCUUCCCUGUGGUUUAUCUCAAUGAGAGCACUGUCAUUGAUGAUGCGUCGGCAGUGAAGCUUCAGGCGAUUGUUUCCAAGCAGAAUGUGGUGGAGAAUAUUCCGUUCAUAUUUAUUGGCCUCGGAGUCCUUCUGGGAGCAAUCUUUAUGAUUAUGAUGUGCCAACAGAAAGUCCCAGAGAGCACUACUGCUGAGCGAGAGCCGCUGCUCAGCUCAAAGCACCAAACUGCAGACUGAACACAGAAGGAUGUCUGUCUUUGCAGUGUCAGUAUUUCCAAACUUCACUGGAUCCAGUUUUUUUUUUUUUUUUUUAAGUAUUAACUGAAAACACCACAUUGAUUUUGAAACCAUAUUCAUGUAUUUUAAUACAUUUAUAAAACUGGCUCAGUAAACAAAGUGACAGAA